UCUGUAGAUCCUGGAAUUAUCAGAGAGGAGAGGAUGAAGUUUGCUGUUGGUUGCUGCCAGAAAAAAAUGAGGAGUUUUUAAAAAGACUUGGAGAAAAUAUUUUCAUGAACCCAACAAUGGAGGACCAGUCAUUCCAUGAAGCUGUAUUUAGGAAAUUAGGAAUACCAAUGCAGAUUAUCCUAAAGGGAGACAAAUCAGUGACGAAUUUCAUUGAGAAUUUAAAGAAAGGGAAGAAAACCAUGUACCAUGCCUCUGGGAUGAUAAUAGGGUGUGCUGGUAGUGGGAAAACCACAUUGUUAGAGAGACUGAAGGGCAUUGACCUUGAAGAAAUAAAGAAAAACAUCAGGUCAACUAGAGGAAUCGAUAUCCACUCAGAUGUCUUUGAUGUGACAGAAAGCAUCCAAGCAAAUACUUCAAGCCAAAAGCAACACUUUAAACUCAGACUUGAUAAAAAAGAUAUGAAGCAGAGUGUUCCUGAUUACCAUUCAGAAAAUGCAGCUGAUGAUGAGAAAAUACAGGAAAAGAUGGAAACACCUGAUGAUGAGGGCAAUACGACUGAAGCAUCAAGCAGUGGACAGAUAUCAUGAUGAUACCAACAUUAAAACAACUUCAUCCCAUGAACCACAGGGGGCCACAUCACCAGAAAAUGUAGCAGAUGUUAUGAAGGAAAGAAAAGAUAUUCGUCAUAGUCCAGAAAUAUUUGGAAAUUUACAGAUAGGUGCAGAAGAUAUUUCAGAAGAUCCAGAUAAAAAAAUAACCAUGACUGACUUUGCAGGACAGUGUUCAUAUUAUGCCUCACACCAGAUUUUUCUGAGUCCGCGGGCGUUCUUCAUUCUGGUGCUGAAUAUGGAGAGGAAGUUCGAUGAUAAGGUUGGUGAAGAAGUGUGUUGUCAGGAAGGCUCCAUUUACGGGGGAUGGACACACAGAGAUUAUCUUGAAUUCUGGAUGAAGUCCAUUCAUCAAUAUGGCAGUGAUAAGGCUCCUGUCAUCCUGGUUGGUACACAUUGUGAGAACAAAACAGAAAAGGAAAAAGAAUUGUUUUUCCGAGAAGUAUGGAAGACUCUUGACAUGAAGAAGAAGUCCUUGCAAAAACAUAUUGAUGUGAAACGGCGAUUUGCGGUUGGAUUCCAUGACAAUGAAAUCAUUGAAAAACUUAAGCUGUCCAUUGCUGAUGUUGUGUGCAGGCUUGAUCACUGGGGUGAGGAGCUUCCACAGUCAUGGGCUAUGUUUGAAACAUUCUUUCUGGAAAAGAAAAUUCGCAAGAUUUUGAGUACGGUUGAACUUCAGUCUUUUAAUGAAACAUUGCCUGAGGGAAUAAAGCUCAAAACUACUGAAGAUAUGGAUGCCAUGCUGCAGUUCUUCCAUGACAUCAGAGAACUUAUGCACUUCAAUCAACAAUUCCUCAAUAAAGUUAUUAUCCUCGAUGUUCAGUGGUUUGCAGAUGCCUUUAGAAAUGUCAUAACAGACAAAAACCAUGCAGAAGAAGAUUUAUUUGAAUAUGCCUCAGAGUGGGACAAAUUCAAUGAAACUGGAGAGUUAGAUGAAGCACUACUAUGUGCCAUAUGGAGAAUGAACAACAAUGGUUACCUUGAGCACAAAGAGGAUAUCAUGAUGUACAUGGAGAAGUUAGGACUCUUGACUAAAAUGAGCGACAAAAUAUGGUAUGUCCCAUGUAUGAACAAGAUGCAAUUUCCAGUAGACUGCUUCUCAUCAUACCCUGCCUCCUCCAUCCUUUGCUACACGUUUGAUGUUCUUCCUGUGGAAAUUUUCCAUCGCCUUGUAGCAACGUGCAUGCAGAUUCCUAACUGGGAGAUUUUUACAAGAUGA